CGCCCUCUAGCAGGCAAUAUGGCUAAACUCCCCUUUUGUCUCGUUCAAUCCAAUAUGGCGGCAAACGGUGUAUGAAAGGUGCGGAAUGUUUUGAUUCAAAAGGAACAAUAAAAAAAUCGUAUGAAAAAAAAAAACUGUAACGAAACGCGAAAAAAAAUACGCAAUGGCCGGUGAAUUAACGUGGUUUACGUGCUGUUAACAUUAAAUAAUCGAUCUCGAAGUAAUUUGUGUUGAAACUAAUGUGUUUAUGAAUUGAAUAAUAUUUUUUUUUGAUGUUACGAUUUGUGUCUGCUAAUGUGCUCGCUUGUGUUAAUAUGUGAUAGAUUACACGCUAGAUAUGUCUACCGACCCUGAUAAAGGUACGGGAUGCCCGAUUGAGAGUGAUAAAAGUGUGGCGACGGAAUUGAAAGAGUGCGGUGAUACAAACUGUGGAAUUAGUAAUGACUGCAAAGAAAAAAAGAAGGAACACCGUUCCGUACGCUUUCCCGGCGAUGAUCUUAUGGUCACAGAGUACUUCGAGCCUGCAAACCCUUGGAACGAUGUACCGACGACAACGAAAUCGCAGUUGGCUGCUGAAUACUUGGAGGCGUGCAGACGACACGACACUCCGUGCAUCGACACCGUGCUGCAGCAGAUACGGGAUUUACCAGACAACGCGAUCGGCGGUGGCUCGCGAGCCCCCCGGCUGACCUUGGCAGAAUGCUCGCUAGCCGGCCCAUCACCGGCCGAUGCUUUAGAAGCCGUCAUGCGUAAAGUCCAGUUCAGAAGACUAGAGAUAGACCAUGCUACCAUCGACGAUGAGGGCGCGGAGGCGAUAUUCGACAUGAUAGAGUACUAUGAGAGUGCGAACGUGCUGUCCAUAGCGGGGCCGAGACAGUUCGGCAUCAGAGGCUGGCAGGCUGCUUCUAGGAUGAUUAAGAAGAGCGCAGACCUAACAGAACUGGAAGUGACAGAUGCCCCACUAGAAGCGUCUCACGCGCCCGUACUAGCGCGCUCGCUGCGAGCUCACACGUGCACUCUACGCGCGCUGUGUCUGCAGCGAGUCAGCUUGUGUGGCGAGCCUUUACUGUGUCUGGUAAUAGCAUUGAAAUCAAACAGCUCUAUACGAGAGCUACGGCUGGGCGAUAAUAGGCUAUCAGUGAGCGAUGCGGCGCAACUCGCGUCGCUUCUGAGGUACAACGCGAGAAUACAGCUUCUGGAUCUGUCUAAUAACCAGAUACAGGACGCAGGCGUGGCUCACUUGGCGGAGGCGUUGGCCGAGCAGGCGGCGCAGUCGCCGCCCUCCGCCGCCGCCUCGCCGCUAGACCCCAACCGGUGUACCGUGGGCGGCCACGAGGCGAGAGGUUUAGCCUUUCUAGUACUAUGGAAUAAUCAGCUCACGAGAAACUGUGCGCCUUAUCUCAAUAAAGCUUUGCGUUCAUCAUGGUCACUAUGCGUUCUAAACGUGGGCCGCAAUGCCCUCUGCGGGGAAGCAGUGCGGGCCCUGUGCCGGGCCCCCGCGCUACUGUCCCUGGGGCUGCAGGCCGCCCGCCUGGGGCCCGACGCCGCGCCCGCGUUAGCUGACCUAGUGCGGGCUGAUACUAAGUUACAGAGGCUAGAUCUCCGAGAGAACAGAUUAGGCGGUGCCGGGCUAUCAGCUAUACUUGCGGCCUUGAAGGAAAAUACUACACUCACACAAAUUGAUCUUGACGAACCGCCGACACCGGACUCAGCAAACCUACAAGCGGAAGACAAAGAGUCCGCCUACAUCAGGCGAGUGACGCGAGAGAUACGCGCUCUGUGCCGACGCAACGACACGACGAGACACGACGACGACGUACAUCCCGUGCACAGGAAGAUUAGCCUCACGUGUCAUACUGCAUGUCUGCUUAGACAAGGCAUGGGUACCGGUGAAGAAGAACGUCGGGGUCGACUACGAUCCCCCGCCCCGUCCCCCGCCCCGUCCCCCGCGCCAUCCCCGGCGCCAUCCCCCGCCGGCAGCCCCGUGCCUGCGCCGCAACAUACCUCGAGGUUCAUGGUGACCCGAGUGACACCCGAACGCGAUUCUUCAACUGACAGCAGCGGUUCCACUUCAUCUUCGUCUUCCACCCCCACGCGGCUGCCAUACUGUCCGCCUUCCAGGUUCAAAGUUGUACAAGUAAUGGAACCACCACAAAUACAAGUUCAUCCGGCUUCAAAUCAGCCAAGAAAAUCACCAUCCCGAUUCUCAGUCACCAGAAACUAUGACUCAGUAUACAACCCCACUCCCACCCCCCCUAAUAGUCCCGCUCAACCCAACAUAUACGCUCAACUACAAAAUGAAGUUGUCACUCAACUCAAACAUGAAGCUCUGACUCAACCUAAGACAGAAUUAGUCGCUCAGACAAAGAAUGACAGCACUCAAACAAAAAAUGAGGUUGUGACUCAGAUCAGACAUGAUGCUAAUAUCAAAUGUGAACCGUUGAGUAAUGAGGUUUUAGUUAAAUCUGAACUGAGUGAAAGUUUAGAUGCUCAGGUUAAAAAUGAAGUACACACUCAAGUUAAAAGUGAGAUAACUACGGUUAAAAGUGAACCGGUCGUUGAUAUAGUACAGAAACCAGUUAAGAAAGUUAUAACUGCGCAAGUUAGGAGUCAAGCUAUGAAGCAAUCGAAACUAGACCAGUUAAACCAGGUUCAAAGUGAACCGACGGUUCUAGUUAAAAGUGAAGUUACUCUACAAUCAGAUAGUAAACCAACAGAAACAGUUAAAAAUGAACCCAGUGCUCAACUUUUAACAGAAGAAAUCACAGUUAAGAAUAAUGUUACGACUCAGAUCAAACAUGAGCCUAAUAAAAGUGAAGUGAAUGCUCAAACGCAAGAUUUGUCUACAAUUCAGGCUAAAAACGAGUCUGUAAGUACAGUGAAAAAUGUUGUAACUACGCAAGUACAUAAUGAACCGAUUUCAAUAAAAGUUGAGUCUCAAAUUCAAGUCAAAACUGAUCAAAGUAAUCAAGCUACUCAAAAGGUUGAGUCUUCAAGUCAAAUAAGUAAUAUUACUGAGAACAAAUCUACUAAAAGUGAAGAUAAUAUAGUAGUAGAAGCUCAACUUUCAACAGGCUUUCCAAUUGAGUUGUUGAGUCAUAUUGGACCUACACCUCAAAGAAAUGAUACAGUGACUCAAUUCAACACAGAAGCUGAUGCUCGGUCAAGAAAACAAGUUGAGUCUGCUCAAACUCAUACAGAUGUGGCGAAAUCUUCGAAUAUUGAAUCAAGAAAUGAAACAGUUACUAAAUUAAAUACAGAAUUAGUGACUCAACAUAGAAAUAUACCAGUUGAGCCUACUAGUCUAGUAAAUAUUGAUGAAAAACCAAUACAAUCUAUAGUAGUUGAGCCUCCAAUUCUACAGAAAAAUGAACCAGUUACUCAAAGCAAAACAGAUUUAGUUCAAAAUAAAAAUCUACCAGUUGAUUCUACAAGUACAAGUAAAAUCGACAUCAAAGACACUCAAAAAACAAGUGUUGAGCAUCCAAUUCAAGUUAAGAAUAGUUUGAAUACUCAACUACAAACAGAAUUAGUGACUCAACCUAAAAGUAUACCAGUUGAGCCUAAUAUUGAUAAAAAUAGUGGAAUUAAAGAAACUGAGAUUGAUCGUAUACAAACUCGACUAUCAAAACUCGAAUCAGAAAUAUCUACAAAAACUGUAAAUCAACCGGUUGAGCAUAAACAGGACAAAACUAUAUUAGUUGAGCCUGUAAUUCAAAUAAAAAAUACCGCAGCAACUUCAAUAGCAACAGAAUCGAAGACUCAAACACAGAAUAUACCAGUUGAGCCUAAAGAUAAGACAAAAGUUGAGCCAGUGAGUCUAAAACAAAUUAUAAAUACAGACGCUCAACUCCAAACUGAGCUUCCAACUCUAUCUGAGUCUUCCAGUUCCAAAAAACCGAGCAUAGACUCAAAGACUCAACUUAGAGACUUAUUAGAGACUUCUAGUAAGAUUAAAACGUCGCCCUCGCAUUCAAUUUUACCCAAAACUUCUAUAGCAACUAUAGAAGAAUCACCGGAAUGUGAAGAAAUUGAACUCAGUGACUCAGACGUGGCGAGAGAUACUCAAACACAGAGUACAAGUGAUUCUAAGACUAAGACAAAUGUUGAGUGUAUGGCAGUAGUUGAGCAUGCAGUUUUUGAAUCAAAAACGAGUAUUGAACCUCCAAAGACUGAGCUACAAAACAUUGAAACGGAUAAAAAAGUUGAGUCUAAAGACUCUGCCUCGAGUGCUCAACUCGAGAAUACUCAAACGAAGUCAGACGCGUUACGUGAUAAAACUGACCUAAAUGUGAUAGAUCUUAGUAUUAAAUCAAUAUUAGUGCAAAGUGAUUUAAAAUAUAGUGAUGUGGUAAAAAGUGACAAAAACACUGGCGUCAAAACCAAAGUGUGUAGUGACAAACAUACAGACAAAGCUAUGGAUAAUAUCGUAGCUAUAACAGAAGAUUUAGGUAAUAUAAUUAAAGAAAUGAAAGUUUUAGUUAAAAAUAAAAAUAGUUUAGAUGAAACAGUACCUGUUGAUAGUGUUCUACUUAAAAAGAAUAAAAGCGAAUCGAGUCUGGAUAGUCCAGAUUUAGAAGUUUCCAGACUUAUGGAAAAGAGGGUAGAAUGUGUGUUCGAUAGCAAUUCGUCUUUAGAAAUUUCUGGAAGUUCCAUGGAAAGUCUUAACGAGCAGAAUAAAACUGUUCAAGAGCUUGAUAGACGGAAAUCCGGUACCAUCCUUUCCGCUGAAGGUAGUAUGGAAUCUACCAGUGACGUGACUCCUGUUAACAGUGGGAAUUUUCUUAAUCUUUCUCUCAGUUCUAACGAAAGUGUAUCUCCUAUUUUUGGCAAAACAAAGCUUAUACAUGACUCUCUUUCGAGCUUAGAAGCCAGUGUCAGUUCUUUAGACUCUGCCAAACAUGAUCGAGUUAUGGUGACAUCAGCUGACUCGGGAAUUGAAUAUUCUUUACAACAGCCUUCAGAAAAUAGGGAAGAUAAUUCUUCUAAUGAAGGUACUUUGACGAACAACUCGAGUCUAAGAGAAACUGUAAGAAAGCCCGAAGCCUAUCAGAUAGGGGAUACUAUAGCUUCUUCACCAAAACGAGCGUCGAGUCUACUCGAUGUACCAGCGCUAAAGAAUAAAGGAUUGGAUCGUAUGAGAAAGAUUUCCUGGGUAGCCCCGUCUUCCAGCUUCCAUAUACCCCGGCCAGAAGAAAAAGAAGCCAAACCUUCUCAUUUAGAGAAGCUUUUAAGUCUAUUCCAACACCCUAGUAGUAUUUUCUCCAGAAGUUUAACAAGUGAUGAUGAGAAAAAAUCUACAUCGAGCACUCCACCUAGGAAAGAUUCUUCUCUUACCAGCUCCUUCUGGUCCUGGGGAAGCACGAUAGAGAAAGAUAGAGAAGAAGACAGCUCAGAAGCCACAGACUCUACUCUAUCAGAAAGAGUCCAAGUCUCCUUCGUAGACGAGUCGUUUUCGAGAAAGUUAGACUCAAAAACACCUUCGACAGACACCGAUAAUACGUUGAGCGAAUUCCAAUCGUUUCCCACGCAAGAGAGUGAGAGCGUAGAAGAAAGAGUUACCAAAACCACCGAAGAUAUAAUAGUACAAAAUUUAGACUUAAGUGUAAUUAGUAAUACGAAGAGAAGUGUAGAUAGUGAGAGAAUGAAAGAUGAUCUCGUAAGAGAUGGACAAGAGAACGCAGAGAAAGAGAUAGCCAGGCCUCGGUCGUUCGCGGCCGUUCUCAAAAGCUCUGGUUCUGAAAACUCCUUAGAUAAGCAAAACAGUCCCGAUAGUGGUCAGCCAGUUGAUAAACUACCUAGUAAAGUUAUAAGAGGCAUCAAAGAAAAUAUAAGCCCUGAGAACACACUAACUUCAAGCAUGACAAAUACUAAAGCAUUAGCUGUUGAAUUAGAAAGACAAGUUAAAAACCCAAAUGUUUCUGAAGCAAUCAAAAGUGAACCUAAAAUUGAGGAAGUUAAGACACAAAGUGAUCUAGCACCUAUAGCUACAAUUGAAGAAGCUGAGGACGAUAAUCCUUUACAACUAGCUUACAUAGACGAUGUUAAAGUCGACUCGGAUAUUACAAUCGAUACUCGGGUCGCGGAAAUCGAUAAGGGAACGAAAAUCGAAGGUAUCGAUUUAGGCAAGGAUGCAUUGUCGUACUUGAUAUACGAGAAUCGAGACUUUGAAGUUGGGGCCGGUAGUGUAGUCAAAACUACAGUACAGCAAGGUUCGUUAGCCGAAGAAUUAAAACAAGCAGAAAUCAAAGAAAUUAUUGAUUUAUCACCUGAGCUAGUUGUCGAAGAAAAUGUACAAGAUAAAGUUUUUACCGCUAAAGAGAUCAUCGGGUUACGAACAUCGCCGAUCAUACCCGAACGUGCGAAACUUAAGAAGUCGAACUCUCUAGAAGAACUAUCACAGCUUUCGGACGAAACGAGCCCUAAAACGAAGACUAUAGUUUUCAAAGUCCCUGAAAGUACGCCUAGGGACAUUCCUGAACGAAGAUCCAAAUUACGCACUCGAAGUGGUUCUAGCCCGAAAUCUCUGCCUGAGAGUUUGAACAAGCCGUGCCCUUUAACUAAAAUGGAAUCAAUUUUAUCCAAAAAGAAGAAAAAAGUAUCUUCCUUAGGCAAAAUUGCCCGAGAUUCUUUACUAGCUUUGAACAUGAGUGAAGAAGAGAUAGCAGAAUUCAGACGUUCUUACAAAUUGACGUCUGUCGAGAGUCUGAAGUCGUUAGAAUCAGUGUCAGAAAGUGGAAACUCCGUUGAUUCUCGAUGCAGGGCUUGUCUAAGGCAUUCUCAAGAGAGCUUAAUGUCUCUAGAUUCGAUCUCUGAAGAUUGUCGUUGUACGGAAGAAUGUGAGAAACCAGGGAAAUCUACGAGAUAAUAGGUGUGACUAUAUGGUUAAAAAUUGUAUUUCUAAUUAGUCCCGUCUUUUUAAUUAACCAAAAAAUAUUGGCCACGUAUUUUUUAUUUAAGAAAACAUCAAAAAAUCACUACGAUUUAAGACACUAGCCGUUUUACCGCUUUCCGUGGGAACUACUGCCCGUACCGGGAUAAAAUAUAGCCUAUGUUACUCGGGAAGAGUGUAGCUUUCUAAUGGGCAAAGAAUUUUUUUAAUCGGUCCAGUACUUUUUGAGUUUAUCCAUUACAAUCAAAUGAAAAUAUAUUUGUUUCUUUAUAAUAUUUUAAGGCUUUGAGGGAGUGAUUUAUAUAAAAUUUGCACUCAAAAGUAACGUGACUAAAUAUUUUGUUUCUUCGUUGUUUAAUGUUUGUGAGAGAAAAGAAAAAAUACGUAGCUAUCCAUUAUUUUUUGGUUAUCUAAAAGAUGGACUUAAUUUUUCGUUCGUCAUGCCUAUUGCAACGGGAAAUUGUUUUUUUUUUCUUGUCUAUGUAAAUGUAUAGAGAAUAUUAUUUUUAAGACUUUAUGUUGUCUGUUGUUGCUUUGUUUUUUUUUCUAGUAGAGGUGUGAGUUGGAUAGUUUUUAUCGAUAUCGAUACUUAAUUGAUUGAAAGAAAAUAGAGUCAUAUUUGGUCUUAUCGAAUUUAUUAAAAUGAAAUAUAGCUUCUUGGGGCUUGGAGAUCAGAUCCCCAUCUAUAAUACAUUGAAAUAGUUAAUCUUGAAUGUACAUGUUUUAUCUCACGAAAGCGGAUAAGCCGUACUUAUGUGCAAUUAAUGUAUAAUUUACUUGUAAAUGUACAUACCCGUGCAUCGGAGAGCACGUAAAUAUCGGUCCUGCUUGUGAUCUCUCUCCGGUGGUGUCGGAUUGUCGUCCCAUCGCGCUAUGAGAGUGAAGGAAUAGUGAGUGCACCGCAGUCCAAGCAAAUGGGCCUGCACUAUAAUAUGUCCUGCGCAGCUGACUGAUCUCCUUAUAUGAGAACAGCCGCCGUAGCCGAAAUCGGCCGUGGACGCCAUUAUUAAUUAUUACAUGCUCGUUCGCUCUCAGUAGUGGCCGAGUUGCCUAGCUAUACAAAAACUAUGUGCAUGUACAUUUACUACACACACAAGUAAGGAUCACCCGCGUUCGUGAAAUAAUGACGAAUUUUAAAAAUAUUUUAAACUUUCAAGAAAAAAUACAUAAGUAAAAUAUAUUCUUAUUUAUUUCUUCAACUUACACCUUUGCAGACCCUAUUAGUGAAAUACAGUUUAUGAGACCGAUACACUUACUGCGAAUUUCUAUAAGCUAUCUAUCCAUCGUUUUGCGAUUAGAUAUUGAAAGACAAUUUAUAUGGAGCUAAUGCCAAAAGUAUAUCUUGGACGCCAAUGGCUGAUAAAAAGGUGAAGGAAAACAUCUUGAGGAAACCUGGACUAUAUAGUCUGAAAUCAGCAACCCGCAUUGAGCAAGCGUGGUGAUUAACGCUCAAUCCUUCUCCGUGUGAGAGGAGGCCGCAGCCCAGCAGUGGGACGAUAAAAAGGUUGUAACAGUAAUGUCAAAAUUCAAUCGUUAAUCUAAAAUCAGUGGAUAGAUAGGUUAUCGAAGUCCAACGAUAAUGAAAUGUAUAUUGACAAGACUUGGAUUCUACCAAAGCGAAGGAAAUUUUUGAGCAACCAAUAAAAUAUUUCCGUUUAAGGAUAUUACUGUGUGGGCGGAGACGAGAUAUUUAAAUACCAUAAUUUUAUUGGUUGUUUAAAAACUUCUACGCUUUGGGCGGAGUCUAGCCUUUUAGACCUCUGCUCGUAGGUAAUAUGGACUUAAAACGUUGAUAUAUAAGGCUUUUUCUUAAUAAAGAAAAGUUGUAUAUAAAGAGAAUAUUUAUCUCAAUUUAAAAAUCAUGAAAUCUUAAAUUACCAUAAAAAAAUGGGAAAUAUGUUUUCAAAAUUGACUCUUCACGUAAUCAGAAGCCAGAAAGUCUGAUGACCAAUAUCAGAUAGGCAGUCGCUCCUUGUGGCACACUGGUACUCAGCUGCAUCCGGUUAGACUGGAAGCCGACCCCGACAUAGUUGGGGAAAGGCAAUUCAAUAUAACGCAAAUUUUGAAUUGAAAUAAAUGUUUUGACUAAGAAUGGACAAACGAAAAUCACUGGAAAAAUCAUUUUUGAAAGCAAAGUGUUUCGAAUAAAUGCAAAAGUAAUUCUUUCAUCUUAAUUUGUCUUCGACAAAACUACUAAACCGAUUGAAAGCCAUUUGACUACUGAAAAUGGAUCGGUCAUAGCUAAAUGGUGCAAACUUGGCAUAGCUAUAUCUGGUGUGUCGUACCUAAUCACAUUAAAUCCUAUCACAUAUACUUUAUGAUAUUCUAUAGCGAAUUGUAAAAAAAUAACCUAAUCCAUUCAGUGGUUCAGCCACAGGAGUCAUUUUUAGUUUACAUUAUUUACAACAUCAUGUGUAAAGCAGAGAUAAAGUUAGGAGUAUCGAAUGUUUGACCAGUUGACAGCUGUCAGUUUUCAAGGGAGAAUUUCCGUUGUUUGUAAUGACUGACUCUUAUAUGGUGUUCUAAUUCUCGCUCAUUUUUAUUGUAUUUACUUUGUUUUAAUUUUUUUCGUUGUGCUAAUCGACAUAUAUUAACCAGUAUAUUAACGUUUUUAAUUUAAUGUGAUUAGGUACGGCACACUCUGUAUUUUCAUUAUCGUGCGUUUGACGAUAGUACCAUCUAUGUAGGAACACUUUUGCUUUCAAAAAUUAAUGGUUUCUCACUAUAAAAACUUAUUGUACGGACUGAAAAAAAAAUAACGAAAAAAUUGUUGUACUUGUUUAAAGUAAAAUUUCGGUAUUUCGUGUAGAAAUUGAAAUUCGUUCUAUCGUUUUUUUUUUUGGAUUUUAAAUUAAAAUAACGAAUGUGUACUUGAAUAGUAUUGUAACUGUUUAUUUUUAUUAUAGUAUUGUUUUUCUAAAUUUUAUGUAUGCGGGUAGUCAGAGUUUUGUAUAUAUUUUUUUGGUGAUUUUGAACGUCAUAGUUGAAGUUUUCACAAAAAAGACAAGACAAAAGUGAAAAGACUCUGUCUACCUAAUGAGAAGAUUUUUUUUUGAAAAAUCCAAUUUGGAAUUUUGUAAUGUAAAAAAAAUAGAUCUAGAGGAUAUGUCUAAUACUAAAAUAUGAGAAAGAGAGAUAAUUUAAAGUCGGUCGAGGCGGCUGUUCUCUCUAAGGAGAUCAGCCAGCUGCGCAGGACAUAUUAUAGUGCACAAGCAUUUGCUCAGACACAGGUGCACUCACUAUUCCUUCACUCUCAUAUCGCGAUCAUACAUUUCUUUAAUAUUCUCUAGAUCUAUAAUUGACAUGAAAUUAGUUGACUAAUGCUAGGUUUCCUAUAACAGACGUCUGUUUUCCUAAGAUGGUAGUUUUUUUGACAUAAGCCAUUGAGCAAGGUCAGAGGAGAUGCCAUAAGGCAGGUAGGCCGGUCUUUCUUCUAGGUCAAAUACGUACGCUGGGCGUGACCGCAACGAGUAUAAUCAUCGGCACGAAUCUUGAGCGCUAACCUUCACCUGCGCAGAAGUGAUUUAUUGGGUCCCUUUUGUGGUAUGAAGUGAGGCGCGGAGGCGGGGUAAAGCGGUGAUUGGCCCGCAGCGCAUCGCGUCAUAGCCGUCACUCGGGAUUGGUUCUUUGCUAAUAAAUCACUUCUGCGCAGGUGAAGGUCGGCGCUCAAGAUUCGUGCCGAUGAUUUUAAAUCAAUAAACAAACGAGACAUUUUUCGAUGAUUUUUGGCUGCCCAAAUAAUGGAUGGAUUUCAAAGAAUUUAUAUGAGGGUGGAGCUAGUAACGUUCCUCGUCCCCCUCGCACCCGCAUGUUGUCGCGCUACUUUCUUAGAAGAUUUUGCGUUAUGACAUCUCCGCUAGUCAUUUGGUUCUCCAUGCUUAAGCCUGUUUGUAUAGUUAUCGGCACGGAUAUUGAACCCUGACCUUCACCUGCGCAGAAGCGAUUUAUUGGUUUAUUGCCUUAAGUGUACAGUGCGCAAAGCGAUCCCCACUCUUCCGCCGAGAGCUCAAUAUCCGUGCCGGUAACUGUAAACGCCAGAGUUACCGAUUACUGUUCGUAAGCAAAACGGAUCGUUUUCUGUAUAUAGGAAUUGGGCAUAAAUUAGUCUUUGACUAUUCAAGUACUUAAAUUUGAAGAUUUUUGUAACCAUAGACAGAAUGACAUGAGAAAUUAUAUUUUUUGAAUAUAUCAUGCGAUUUUUUACCAAUUUUCAGUACAAAUUCUGACUUAUAGGUACAUCCUAAUAUUAUAAAGCCAAGAUUAUAUAAUAUAAUAUUGCCUAAUAUUUUAACAAUUUGGUUUGGUUGAAAGCACUAAUCUUAGGAACUAUAGUUCCGAUUUGAAAAAUUAUUUCAAUGUAGCCCAUUUAUAAUAUAUGCUAUGCUAUAGGCUACUUUUUUAUCUCGGUGCGCGAAGUAGCUUCUACGGGACGUGUUUCAAGCUAGUUUCUUCAUAUUACUAAAAAUAUAAUUUUCAUGUCAUUUUUGUUCUAUGGAAAAAAUAAUAUUUAAAGUAUAAAUACGUUAUGUAUGUAUGUAAGUUCAUACGAAGAGCGAUUUUUUGAAAAAAAUAAAAUUGUAAAUAAAAAAAUUUAAACAUGUACAGAAAUGUUUGUUCCGAAAUUUUUUAUAAUAGCGAUAAGAGGUUUAAAUUUAAAAAAAAACUUGAAAAACUUAAGGCUUUAUACAGACGUGCGAUUUUUUUGUCGCUGCGACUUAUCGUUUGCGACUAACGGUCUUGUCGACACUUAAUGUAUGAAAAUGUUAUAUUCUAACAAUAUAUCAAAUUGAUGUAUUGGAAAUUUUUUCUUAAUAUAUUAUAGAUUUUGGGAUUAAAAAAAAAGUAUUCGAUUUUUUCUAUAAUAAUAAUAAUUAAAAUUUAAAAAAAUGUGUAUAAAAAAUAUAUACAAAAAACUGUUUAAGAGAAUGCAUUAAAUACUUAUGUCGCGAGGCUCUUCAGGUAUUUUAUCGGAAAUUGUACAGCAAUUUUGUACAAUAAUAAAUAAAUAAGGAAGUUUUUUCAAUCUAUCUCGGGAAUUGCUGGACAAUUUUUGAUAUGAAAAACGUGCCUCGAGGUAAGACCAAAAUUCUGAUCAUGUAACUUUGACUUCAUAAUAUAUUGUACAUAUUAAAAGCUUUUAACGUCAA